AUGGGAGACCUGUGGUUGCUCCUGCUCCUGCCCCUGUCCCUGGCAGUCUUCCAUGGGGUCAAAGGCUGCUUGGAAUGUGACCCCAAAUUCACAGAAGAUAUUAGGUCCUUGCUGGCAAAGAUGGUACCCUCAGAAGUCCCCGGCCAAGUUCAUCUGCUUGAACGGCAGAUUAAGGAGAUGACCCAUUUAAGCUUCAAGGUCUCCCGCAGGGACAAGAUGCUUCGGCUGUUGGCUGUUCAUAAGGUUAUCAAGUUGAGAAUAUGGCUGAAGAAUGAGCUUUAUAAACUGGGCAAUGAAACAUGGAAAGGUGCCUUUAUCCUUCAAGGCAAGCUUCUCGAUGUCCGCCAAAACCUGGAAUCCAAACUGAAAGAGAUAUUAAAGAACUUCUCUGAAGUUGCUUGUUCUGAAGAUUGCGUCGUGACUGAAGGUCCUAUCCUGGAUUGUUGGACCUGUCUUCGCAUCACCUCCCGAUGCUUCAGAGGAGAGUAUUGCGGAGAAGAGGAUUCAAAAAAGGCUGAGAGUCGAGAGAUUGCACUAUUUCUGAUAUUGCUAACAGAAGUUGUGAUAUUGGGAAGUGCUUUGUUACUAUUCCAUAUUUGUGUGUCUCAUCGGAGGAAAAUGAAGGCAAUACGGAGUUCAUUAAAGAAAUAUUUGGAGAAGGAACUUGAAGAAUUAAUGAGGAUGACAGAUGAGAAGGAUGAUUUUGGAAUCAGAUAA